GCCUGUGUUUGUACGUUUGAUGGUUAGUUUCGUGAUGCCUGCAUAUAUUAUGGUGUAGAAUAUAAUUACCCUAUUAAAUGAUGGCAGAAAAUCUUAUAGAGUACUUUAAAGGGAUAGUUCACCCAAAAAUGAAAAUUGUCAUUACUCACCCUCAUGUCGUUCCAAACCCACAAGACCUUCGUUCCUCUUCGAAACACAAAUUAAGAUAUUUUUGAGAGUUUUGAGUACCAAGAUGCAUGCGUAUGCUUUCCCCCAAUUCCUCAGAAUGUAAUCAGCGUCCUUUAUGUUCAGGAGAAAGCACAAGCACUCGUCUUGGUACUCCCCAAAAUGGCAGAAGAAGGUAACUUGGGGAGGAGAAUUGUUGUAUAAAUUGUUUGUUUUAUUAAUGCACAAAAAGUAUUCUCAUAGCUUUGCAAAAUUGGAGUUGAGCCACUGAUGUCACAUGGACUGUUUUACUGAUGUCCUUACUAGGUUUCUGGGUCUGGGAACAUUUCAGUUGCGUUGCUGUCUAGGGGAGGGGCAGAGAGCUCUCUGAUUUAAUCAAAAAUAUCUUCAUUUGUGUUCUGAAGAUGAACGAAGGUCUUACGGGUUUGGAACGACAUGAGGGUGAGUAAUUAAUGACAGAAUUUUCAUUUUUGAGUGAACUAUCCCUUUAAAACAAAUUGCCGCCAAAACGCACUGUGACGUGGACGGAUGAAGUGGAGAGAGUGCCGCGCGAGCCUAUGGCUGCAGAGCUCCACUUUUAGAACGAUGGGCGGGGCCUGGAUGUGUCAUUCAAUCACUGAGACAGAGUAAAGAACAACUGCAAACGUGCACUAAAUAUAAUGGCAGAAGGCGAAGAGCCUGCACUUUUCACUAAAGUAACGGUUUAUUCUCUACUCGCGUGUGUGGCUCAGUUUGCUGUCGGGUUUGUUUUUGCACAAAAAUGGGGGAUUAAAUGUUCAGCUGUUGAUCGGUGGGUCCUCGUAUGGUUGUUUUACGACGCAAUUGUUCAUUUUACUCUGGAGGGACCCUUCGUCUACAUGUCACUUGUUGGAAAUGUGGCAACUUCUGACAGUCUAUUGGCAGAGCUAUGGAAGGAAUAUGGCAAGGCAGAUGAGCGCUGGUUGUACUCUGACCCGACAAUAGUAUCUCUGGAGCUUCUGACAGUGGUUUUAGAUGGUUCUUUGGCCCUGCUUCUAGUCUACGCCAUCAUCAAAGACAAACACUACCGGCACUUUGUUCAGAUCACACUGUGUGUGUGUGAGUUGUACGGGGGCUGGAUGACCUUCUGUCCAGACUGGCUAAUCGGUAGCCCUAACCUGAACACCAGCAACUGGCUGUACCUGUGGGUCUACCUGGCGUUUUUCAAUGGGAUCUGGGUGGUGGUGCCUGGACUCCUCCUCUGGCAGUCAUGGAGGGAUUUAAGAAAUAUGCAUCCGUAUCCAAAGAAGAAGAACAGAUAAAAUCAGAGGAAGUCUGGUCGUUGGUAAUCAACCAUAUAAUUAUCAGAGUUAUAAUUAGCAUUUCAAAGUGAACAGAAUGAGAUGUGGAGAGGAUAUACUGCAGUUGAUGUAUUAUACACAUUUAUUGCGUACACAGAACAUUAGAGGAACAGUUGUUAAGGCGUAUCUUUGCAUAAUUGCAGUGGUAAAGACACAAAGGAAGUUCACAACAAAAACGGAUAGCAACACACUUGUACUAUCUGCAUUCCUGCCCUAUGACACCUAAACAGUGAAUCCUUUAAGCUUUUUUUUUACAGUGAUCUAGGACCAGUUUCACACUAAUCCCUCUUACCAAACUACCUUAUCCAGUUCAAUUCAUGUUGCAUUGCACCUGUUUGCUUAUCCUUAAAAUAAUGAUGAAUCAUGCUUCUUUUUACACAGACUUGGCUAUUUUCUUGCCAAGUUAUGACAGCAUAACUGGCUAGCCUGAUAUAUUUUGGUCAUAGUCACUUAUAUAUACAGGUCUGAUCAAGGUGUUUAAGGUAUUAAUUCAUCAUCGCAAUUUCAAAGAUUAAUUUAUUGCACAAUUUAGGUAUUGUAAUUUCACUACAGAUUCAUGUGUAAAUAAUAUAAAAUGGUAACACGUUACAUUUAAGGUCACAUUAGUUAAUGAUAGUUAAUGGAUGAAUUAACAUUAGCUAACAAUGAGCAAGACAUUUGUUAUAGUAUAUAUUAAUCUAUGUUUGUUAAUAAAAACAAAUGUUUUAGACAUAUUUCCAUUAAAAGUUAAUGUUAACCAUAGUAGUUAACUUUAACAAAUGAAACCUGUGAAAAGUGUUACCUAUAAAAGAAAUCAGCUAAUUUCAUGUAUCUACCUAUUUGUGAUAAUGCAGUAUUUUCUCCUUAAAUUUAUAACCUACUUUUAAACUCCAAUAGCCUACAUGAUGUAUAUGAAUAACCUGAUGUUGUCAAAGUGGCAUUAACAUUGAUGUAAAUGUUUUAAACAUUAGUUCAUGUUAACUAACUAAAGUUGACAAAUUGAUCCUUAUUGUAAAGUGUUACCUAAAACCGAAAUUGCAUUUAAAAGCACCUGGUUUCUAUGAAUUUUCUUCAAUAAAGUUUCCAAUAUCAAAAUAUAUGCAUCACAGGAUUCUCAUCAAAAUCAAUUUGGUUGCCAAAUAAAUCUGCACAUGGCAACAUGGCAUUCAUUUACAAAGGAAAAGAUGUUUGCAUGAAGACAAGUAAAACAAACAUAAUAUGUACAGCACAUAUAACAACAAUGAACAAGUGCAGUAGUUCAAGCAGUCAAUUAUUUCCCAACAUCCCCGGUCUUCGUAUGAUAGUACCAUGAUCAAAAUUCUUCAUUUUGCUUGUAAUUAAGUUUCCGCUUCGAUAAAAGGAGACUGUCAAGUUUGAACUGCCUUCUUUGUAUAGCCUAGUCCGCUAGAUAGU